AUGCAUAGAUACCAAUCCAAACGGCCUCCUGGACCUGUAUUCUAUACAGGGAAAUACGAGAAGACAACCAGGGGAUACGUCCAGAAGAUCAAAUACUUUACUCCUGAUUCCCUGUUGCAUGCACCGUCAGCGCCAGCUCAGCAUAGCCAGCAAGCCCAAUUCGAUCACGAUGUAGACACAAUGGUCAUUGAUGAGUUUGCUGUCCCUUUUCACCAGAGAACGUCAGGCAAGAGCCAGAACGAUUAUCUGAGAGAAUGGGUUGCCCGCAGGGACAAGCAUCUUGAGGUAACUCUUGUCACAGAGGCCCCACCUCCUGGGAUGGUCUGUGUAGAUUGCGGCAAAAUGGCAUCCAAGUUCCGAUGCCUCGAUUGCGCCUUGCAGCCUGUAUAUUGUCGCGCCUGUUGCCACCAGACUCAUAGGAGGCUUCAUACCCAUCGGGUCCAAUACUGGAAUGGCCGCUAUUUCCGUACUGCCGGUCUCUGGGAGACAGGCUUGGUGUUGAAUUUGGGCCAUAAUGGAUCCCCUUGUCCCAACUUUGCGGAGUUCGAGGAACAAGAAAGUGAGAGGCAGGAUGCAAGUUGUGAGGCUGCAGAAGCCACAGGACCAGCGGCGCCCACCAGCCCUGUUGGCCAAACAUGGGCGGCGCCCGCACCCAUCCCAAUUGAUCUUGAUAUUCGAGUUCAAGCAGUGUCUGAUGACCUUCUCGGGGAAGAUGAGUCCAUGGAGGCUGAUGCAGAUGUCGGCAAUGAUGGCGAAGACAUCGAGACUGAACCAUCCGAUCAGGAUGGAGACAAUGGCGCGACCGAAGAAGAAGCUGACAACAACACUCAGGAACACUACAAAAGAACAAAGGGUUUCGGUACAGCUCCUCAACCUGACACAGAGGAUUCUCUGGGCAACCCCUUUGUGCUUGUCAUUGAAACAAACGGAAUUCACCAUCUUCCUUUGCAUUUAUGCACCUGUCCAGGAGCUGCGCCCACCAAUGAGCAGCUGUUGACUUCACAAUACCAAUCCAAACGGCCUCCUGGACCUGUAUUCUAUACAGGGAAAUACGAGAAGACAACCAGGGGAUACGUCCAGAAGAUCAAAUACUUUACUCCUGAUUCCCUGUUGCAUGCACCGUCAGCACCAGCUCAGCAUAGCCAGCAAGCCCAAUUCGAUCACGAUGUAGACACAAUGGUCAUUGAUGAGUUUGCUGUCCCUUUUCACCAGAGAACGUCAGGCAAGAGCCAGAACGAUUAUCUGAGAGAAUGGGUUGCCCGCAGGGACAAGCAUCUUGAGGUAACUCUUGUCACAGAGGCCCCACCUCCUGGGAUGGUCUGUGUAGAUUGCGGCAAAAUGGCAUCCAAGUUCCGAUGCCUCAAUUGCGCCUUGCAGCCUGUAUAUUGUCGCGCCUGUUGCCGCCAGACUCAUAGGAGGCUUCAUACCCAUUGGGUCCAAUACUGGAAUGGCCGCUAUUUCCGUACCGCCGGUCUCUGGGAGACAGGCUUGGUGUUGAAUUUGGGCCAUAAUGGAUCCCCUUGUCCCAACUUUGCGGAGUUUGAGGAACAAGAAAAUGAGAGGCAGGAUGCAAGUUGUGAGGCUGCAGAAGCCGCAGGACCAGCGGCGCCCACCAGCCCUGUUGGCCAAACAUGGGCGGCACCCGCACCCAUCCCAAUUGAUCUUGAUAUUCGAGUUCAAGCAGUGUCUGAUGACCUUCUCAGGGAAGAUGAGUCCAUGGAGGCUGAUGCAGAUGUCGGCGAUGAUGGCGAAGACAUCGAGACUGAACCAUCCGAUCAGGAUGGAGACAAUGGCGCAACCGAAGAAGAAGCUGACAACAACACUCAGGAACAAUACAAAAGAACAAAGGGUUUCGGUACAGCUCCUCAACCUGACACAGAGGAUUCUCUGGGCAACCCCUUUGUGCUUGUGAUUGAAACAAACGGAAUUCACCAUCUUCCUUUGCAUUUAUGCACCUGUCCAGGAGCUGCACCCACCGAUGAGCAGCUGUUGACUUCAUAG